AUGACCCAAUUUCAUGUCAUUUUCCUAUCAAUAUUUUUCUUGAUUCUUCCGCUUCUCGCUAAUGCAGAUAAAAUUACGGUAGCCGGGCGGAUAUUGUGCAAUAGCAGUUAUGUGGUGGGAGAUGCGUAUAUUGAGCUGAACGAUUUUGAUGGGUUACUGCCUCCCGAUUUUAUGGGUGACACGAUCGCUCACCUGGAAAAUGAGCCGGGAAAGCGGAAAGCGUUUCGAGUGUCGGGCGAGGCUUUUGAUAUUGGCACAAACCCUCGACUCGAGCCCUAUUUGCGGAUUUACCAUGGAUGUGGCGUUGAAUUCCGCACAGAAUGCAUGCAAUUAAUCCCGGAAGAAGCGCCGAACGCUGAUUAUUUCUAUUACUUGGGCGAUCUUGUCCUGCAGGGGAAUAAGGAAAUUCCGGCGUGGCAUUCAUGCGAGCCAAAAUGGUGUCGGCCGAUGACAAAAUGGCAGGUCUGCUACCCGGUGCAGGGCAAAACCGAGUUGCUGAAGCGGCCAGUGAAACCGGCAAAA